AUGUUCUGGUCAACGCGCCACGACUAUCAGCCAGUCGCGACCAACACCGAGGAUGGCACCGCUUCGUCCGCAUCCUACGGCGGAGAAUCCGGAAGCCCGUCGCGAGCCUCACCGGGGACUGUGUCGCCAUCAGCGUCAUCGCCGCCGCCCAAGGCGCAGCAGUGGGUGGUGGUGCUCAUCGCCGUGAUUGGCGGGCUUGCACUGGCGAUGACAUUAGCGGCUGACGUCAUGCGGGUGAAGCAGUCAUCCACUCACAUGCUCGACGCGCAGAACGCCCUGCACUGCAUCUACCCCAGCAGCCCCUCGGGGGGCUACGCUGCAGCAGCGGCGCUGCUGCUGGUGGUGGCUCAGGGCUUCGCACUCCGGCACGGGGGCACCCACUGGUGCCAGGCCUCCCGCCUCGACACACGGCGCAAUCGCAACCUCUUGCUCGUGGUUCUCCUCACCAACCUGUGA